AUGGAUGAUGACGAAUUUGAUCGAGUAGCUCAAAUUUUAUUCAAAAACGUUACAUCCUUAAGUAGUGUUGGUACUGCUGGAACUCUGAUUCCAAUAACACAGGAUACACGUGCUGUAUUAUGUGGUGAUGACUCUAAUAAUGUCAUCGUUGUUGCAAUUCGAUUUGGUAAUGGUCGAUGUUUAGUAUUUGCACACAAUGGUUAUCUUAGUAUUUUUUUUCCUAAUAACACCACACAUCACGAUUUUGUUAAAAAUUGUCGUCAAUGGUUAUCUGGAGGUGAAGAUGCAGAAUUUGAAUCGAUUGAUGAGAUAGAAUCGAUGGAUAGUGUCAAGAAUAAUGGAACAAUUCUUGUUUGGAAUGGAAAUAAUGAUAAAAAUGAGACAUUCAUAGAUGAUUUACGCACAUUUAUACAAGAAGGUGGAGCACUUGUUUGUGCAACAACUGCAUGGGGCUGGCUACAAAACAAUGAGGACAAAUGUCUUUCCGAUUUCCCAUUUUCUUGUUUUUGUGCUUCUCUUGGUGUUAAAGUAACCGAUAAGUGUGCUUGUACCCCCGAUCUGAUUCCAUUUAAAGAUGAAAUGAUCCAAUUCAAAAAUGUUUAUAAUGUUAUUGAGGCAUUAACCAACGAACCGAGCAACAAGGAAUAUAUGGCUAUCGUCGGAUCGACGAUCAAAGAACUAGACAAUAUGUUGCCUGAUUCAUUGAUUGAAACUCUGCGAGAUAUGGUUUUGAAUGCUGAAAGUAAUGUUAUUCCAACGAAAACAUCACCAAUUACAGAUCCCUCAUGUCGACAGCAAUCAAUUGGUCUCUGUGGUAUAUUGUGUGGACUAUGUGACACAAAAGCUCCUGGUAUAAAUGAAUUUCCAGGUGACUUUGAUGAUACACCAUCUAUGGAAACAGAUGUUAUGGUUAAUAUUCAGUCAAAUAAUAACGAAUGGUAUUGCACAGGUAUGUUUAAACUUGUUAAAAUCAUAAAAGAAUAUAAGGAUAACGAAGUUCCUCCAUCUGCGGGUACUACCAUACAAAUUGAUGUAUCAGAACAAGCUGGUGCACGUGGUUGGUCAGCUAGAAUCGGUUGUCAUGAUGACGAUCUUAGGGAAUGUGAUGAAUUACGUCGAUGGCAUUGUAUCUCUAUAUGCAAACCAUUGUCUGGUAGUAGUAUCAAAAUGAGUUCGGCUUUUGGUGGUCUUCUCUUUCUUGAGAGUCCUGCUGGGAAAUCGAAUUCUAUUAGUGUUAAUCUGCAGAAUGUUGUUCUAACGCCUACCUAUGAUCUCAUGGACUCCAAUCGAGAAGAACGAUGGGAAGAUCUACGUGUUCGCGCACAGGGUUUAUGGACAGAUAUUGCUGGACAAUACAUUGCUUUCAAUUUACCUUCGAAAAGUGUUUGCCAUUUGAAUAGUGCUCAAUUAGAUCGAGCUCUCAAUUUCUGGGAUUCCGUAGUGCUAGCUCAUCAUGAAUUACUUGGUACUACACCGACAUAUCGAGAACGCAUCGUAUGUGAUGAACAAAUAUCAUUUGGCUACAUGCAUUCUGGCUAUCCUAUCGUUACCCAUAUGGAUGUAAUUGAUUCAAACCCUGAAUAUUUCUUACUGGAUAGUGAUAAUCUAGAAAAGAAUGGCUAUUGGGCUCUUUUUCAUGAACUUGGUCAUAACAUGGAACGCGACUGGUGGACUUUUAGUUAUGGAGGUGAAGUAACUGUGAAUAUAUUCUCUUUACAUGCCAUGGAUGUUGUUUGUCAACUUUCACCAUGGAUACACUCUUGGCUCGAAUAUCAAAUGGAGGAUGCAACAGAGUGUAUAAAGAAAGGAACACCUUUCGAUACAUGGCAAACAAAACCCGGUGUUGCCUUGUUUGUCUACGCCCAAUUAGCACGAGAAUUUGCUUGGAACAGCUACAAGGCUGUUUUUCGUCAAUAUGAACAAACUAAACCAACUUUGAAUAAUGAUCAAGAGAAAAUAGAUCACUGGAUCACAACGUUCUCACAUCAAGUCAACUACAAUUUGGUUCCAUUGUUCAAGUUUUGGGGUUUUCCAAUUUCACAAUCCACUAUUGAUAACCUGCAAGAUCUACCAGUUAAAGAAAUUUCUGAUGAAUUAAUUGAAAUAGCACCAGAACGCUAUGAAGUUUAA